AUGGCAUCCUCGGCCUUUAACAUCGGCCAGUGCCUAAAAGGCAGGUUGGGCAUUUACACUAUCACGGAACGAUUAUAUCCGACGACAUGGCUGGCAACCGACGCGACGAGUCAAGUUGUCGUUAUAAAACGGGAUGUUCCAAAACGCGUCGAUACGGAACGAACGCUCCUGCGCCGUUUCCAGGAGAACUCUUCCCUCCGACCCAUGAUUGAUGAGAUCCAAGAACCGAGACCCGAUGAGUGCGCCGCAAUCGUUCUGAAACACUACGAUUGCCAUGUUGGAGAGAUCGCAAAGGAGAAGGGCCUCUCGCCGCGAGAGGCCAGGUGCGUCGGUUCCCGUGUCCUGCAGGCCUUGCGCGUGAUGCAUGAGACUGGAUACAUAUAUGUGAAGCCAGCAAAUAUCCUCGUCAAUUUGUGUCAGGACGGCGAUAUGCGCUUCAAGGAUGUUUGUCUCGCGGAUCUAGGGGAUGCCAUCCCGACCGACAGUGUCGAAGCGACUAGUGGCUACCCCCGUGGCACUCCUGUGUUCCGUAGUCCAGAGGCGACCUUGAUGAUGCCCUUUACCACAGCGCAUGAUAUCUGGUCGUUUGGGGCAACGCUGAUCUCGCUCAUCUACGGCUACAACUUCAGCAUCUUCUCGCCGGCCUGUAAACCGGAUGAUGAAAUGUACGUGGACGGGAUCGUUAGAAAUUUCCACAAGUACUUCGGACCGUUCCCGCCUUCGUACUUGACACUUCCUGGUAUCGACGACGUGCGGCUCGAAGCACUCACGAAUAUCACCGUGGAGGGUAAGGACCGGGGCCUCUUUAAACGUGCAUCGUCCACAGAGAUCAGAAACCAAGAUCACGAUUUCAUCUGGGACUUGAUGAAAUUAGAUCACAGAGACAGACCGACGGCUGCCAGGCUACUGGAGCACAAAUGGUUUGCAGACUCGACUUCCUGAAUAAAUGCAAGGCGUCCCAUGCUGGUGUGUUUACUUUGUCGAAAAGGGAUAAGUAAGGGAGGAGAAUCGGUGACUGUUGAGUAGUGUAGGUACGUAAAAUGUAUUCAAGAAACCCGAUGAGCGAUGUGAGACCAAGCCGAAUUCGAGAUUCAUCAGUACAAUUGGACUUGGACUCGGA